CAAUGGAUCUCGAAAUCAAGGUUAGUUAUAUAGAAUCAGAUACCUUUCCUCCAUUACAUUAUGUGUGCGGCCGUCGAUGAUUACAAUGCUAAAGAGGAGUGGUGUUGCAGGAUGCUAUUGAGGAAGAGAGAGCAAAGACCCAGGAGCUUCUGGCGGAGGAAAGGAGGCAGGCGGCAGAGAGGGAGAGAGAGACUGAGGAGAGGACGGCUAGGCUUUUGGAAGAGGAGAGGAACCAGAACGACUUGGCUAACCGGGCCAUAUACGAGCUCUUCACGUCCAUGUGCGAGAAGAACGGUCAGACCCCUCCGCCGAUGCCAGUCAUUGCUCCAGCGGACACGCAUAACUCCCGACAAGCAUCGACGUCUGCCAUUGGCGCGAGCAAGAACCCCGAUCCUCCUCCGUCUGCCACUACCGCGAGCAAGAACCCUGAUCCUUCACCUACGGGUUGACGAUUUGCUUCAGAUCACGGAAGCUUGGGUUGAUGGAGUGCUUGUCUUUAGUUUUUGUUUUGACUUUGUGAAACUUGCUACCUAUGAUGAAACUGUGUAAUAUUGAUGAAACUAUGUAUAUGUAUGGAUGAAACUUGCUACUAUUGGUAACAUGUGUUGGAUAUAUUUGCGUUCAUGACUAUUGGUAAUAUGUGUUGAAUAUGCUA